UGCGUUCUGUACACAAACGGCCCUCGUUGCUUGCGGCCCCUUUCCGGCAGCUCUGGGGACCAGAUCCUGCCGGGGCCCGAGGUCACAACACCCCGUCUUCCGUUUCGGUAAACCGCGGGGAGCCCGUCACUAGAGACACGUCCUGCCGGCUGGGCACGCUCCAACUUUGGCUUGGGCCCGCUGCACGGUGUCGGAGUGUCUGUCUACUGCUGCGGGACGCCGGCUUGUCUCCGCGCCUCUGUGGUCGAGUCACCGGGGAUCCGGAGGAACAGCAUGUCCGGAAGCCCAGAGAAGAGCCUUACUGCCCAAGAGCUGAAGGAGCAAGGGAAUCGCCUCUUCCUCGGUAGGAAGUAUCAAGAAGCUGCGGCCUCCUACAGCAAGGCCAUAAACCGUAACCCAUCUGUGGCAGUGUACUACACAAACCGUGCUCUGUGCUAUGUGAAGAUGCAGCAGUUUGAUAAGGCGGUAGCAGACUGUAAACAUGCCCUGGAAUUAGAUAGCCAGUCUGUUAAGGCUCACUUCUUCCUCGGACAGUGCCUGCUGGAAAUGGAGAAUUAUGAUGAAGCUAUCGGCAACCUGAAUAGAGCUUACAAUUUAGCAAAAGAACAAAGGUUGAAUUUCGGGGAUGACAUUCCAAGUGCCCUGAGGAUAGCGAAAAAGAAGCGAUGGAACAGCAUCGAAGACAAAAGAAUACAGCAGGAGAAUGAUCUUCAUGACUAUCUCACCAAACUGAUCCUCUCAGAAAAGGAAAGGGAAGUGGAGCAGUGUAAACGAAAACUCCAUGAAGAGAACAUGGAUGAUUCCCGAACUCGAAUGGAAAUUGCAAAGAUAGAAGCCAGACAUGACAAGUACAUGAAUGAAAUGGAUAACUUGUUCUCACAAGUGGAUGAGAAGAGAAAGAAGCGAGAUAUUCCUGACUAUCUUUGUGGAAAGAUCAGCUUUGAGUUAAUGAGGGAGCCAUGCAUUACACCCAGUGGGAUCACAUAUGACAGGAAAGAUAUAGAGGAGCAUCUUCAGCGGGUGGGUCACUUUGAUCCAGUGACUCGAAGUCCAUUGACUCAAGAACAGUUGAUUCCAAAUCUGGCCAUGAAGGAGGUAAUUGAUGCAUUUAUAUCAGAAAAUGGCUGGGUAGAAGAUUACUAAACUGGAUUUAAGGCCAUCAGGACUUGCAUAUUUGCACUGCAGCAUCAACUCAAUGAUUGGACUAACAAACUGAGUGAGUGUGAGCAAGCCACAGAAACUGACGGAAUGAUGGGGAACGAGGGGAUGUGCAGGUAUCACCUGCAGCUCUGUACCUGAGGGACACACAUCUUUUUGCUUAUGUUUAAAUUUCUCUUACAUGCAUGUAUAUAAAUCAUAUUUGCCAGAGGAAUUCUGAACCUAGAGCAGUUAUUAAAAUAUUACUGGCUCUUUAAUGCUUGGUGUAGUGGGGUAAUCUGAUUUACAGUUUUGAUUUCUUUGAUUUUAAAUUUAAAAAACAGAUGAAUUGGAUUAUAUUCCAUGCAAUAUUUGAGUGCUUUGUUUUUUAUUGUAAAUGUUGGUAUAUGAUCUGAUUGAAAAAUGAAAACUUCCUGACAUCAAAAGAUCUAGAGCCAUUUUGUGAUUGAAUAGGCAAUUAAUGCAUAGUUUAUAUUUCACUCAAAUGCCUUCUCUGCUUUAGAUUGUCUUGCUGCCAAAAUGUGUUGUCUGUUAACAGGCAUCAACUAAAAUCCAAACUGCUGAUUUCUCUAUUGUCACUCAAGGUACUCCUCUCAUCAGCUAUAUAUCAAGAGAACAACACAAGAUCAGGGCGUGAAAUUUAUGACUGUUUCAAUACUGAUCUGAAAACAUUUAGAUCUACUGUAAACAUUUAGUAUGUGUCUACGAGUAGGACCUAUCGAACGUGUGUGGGCUAAAGACAUUUAUGGAGAUACUCUUUGUGGCUACACACCCUAAGCAGACACCUGCAAAGUAGGCCAAAGUUUUAUUUUCUCAUUUGUGCCAGUAUUUGGUCAAGUAAUGGAUUUCUCAAAUCACAACCUUAAAGCCUGUGAAUUUGGGAUAGUGCACUAGUUUAAAUCUCUAGAAUAGCAACCUUGUUUAAAAUAUGAGACUCUACCUGACAAAUAUAAAUGAAUAAUUUAAAAAUAGUAACUAAUGUGUCUGAAACAACACAGCCAGUAUAAACCAUUCAGGUUAGAAGGUACAAACUAAUCUCUUGUAGCAAAUGUGAAUAGUGUGCCUCCUUGUGAAGUAAAUACUGCAUCAGAAUUGUUGGACAACAAACUUGUGUUGUCCAGUUUGCUUGUCUCCUUCAUCCUCUUUCACUCUUUCCACUGUCCCUCUCCAAAUGACAGCUGUUGUCAUACGAUAACUUGGUGAAAUUUACAUAUCCUAACUUGAUUUCCUUGUAGUGUUUCUUGUUCUGUUAAAAAUAUCUGAAUGUGUGCUAUCAGUUUGGGAGAUAAAUUGACUUAGGUGGCUUUAUCAGUAUUUCUGUAAAUGAGAAAAAUAAGAAAUCUUUCUUUAUUGAUGAGAAAUCUUUUUUGAUAGCUUUCAGGAAAUCAGAAUAAAUCCAGAACAUCUAACGAGAUAUUCACAUUUCCAAGGUGUUUAAGAGGCUACUCGUUGUGUUAAUAAAGUUUAUAAAUAAUUGGAAUUUUGAUUAGCAUGUAUAUUAUUCAGCUCAAUAAUUGUCAAUAUCUCAUCCAUUCCCUCUCCUGUACAGCUCCUUAAUGUGGUCUUGUAAGCAAUGUUGACAAGGUUAAGCAACGUGUCUAUGCAUGAUGGUGCUGGUAGUAUCAGGUGACAGUGAUUAUGUGAUGGGAUGGAGAUGUGUGUCAAACAAGAUUCCACAUUAGAAAUGUAAUGGUAAUAAUUUUCUUUUUCCUCCACCAGAACUUAGUCACUGAUCCAUGACCAGUAUCUGACUAUGUAGUAUCCUUGAAUAUGAUUAGGAACUCAAAUGCAAGAUAUUCUUGUGUACCUUCUAGCUUCAUAUACGGUUAUUCUGUCGAUGUACUGUCACAUUAUUUAGUUUUAUUUCUUCAUUAUGUACAGUGUGUUAAAUAUCAUCUUUUAUCCAUGAUUUCUUGCUACAGUUAUCUAGUGGCAUGGAACUGUUAUCUUGAUUCAGUUUUACUUUACAAAUCGAAUGGUUGUGGUUUUCUGCCAACCGCUCCCCCCCCUUUCUAUUUGUGUGCAGUUUAUUAAAUAGACAGAGUUAAAUAGUUGUACAAAUCACUGCAUUGUGCUACUUCACAUUCAUUAAAAUGUUGCUGUGGCUCAGUCGGUAGAGUUCUUAUUUCAAAGUCAGAGGGUUAUGGGUUCAAAUUCAAUUCCAUUAACUUGAGCUAAAAAAACUUAGUGUUGGACUUGGUGACUUUUAAGUAGAGCUCCUGUCUAUCCUAACAGAUGUAGAGGAUACAUUGGCACUAUUUCAGCAGACGAGGCAGUAAUCCAUGGUGUCUGGGUCAUUGUUUAUCUCACAAUGAAUUUGUCAUUCUCACAUUGUUGCUGCUGGGAACUUGAUGUGUUCAAAUUGGUUAGUGUACUUCCUACAACAUUUCUUCUGGCUAUAAAGUGCAAUGGCAUGUUCUUAAGCCUUAAAAGGUCCUUCAGAAAUUCAGGUCUUUCUUGUGUUUGGAAUGGGUUAGAUGAAAUCCUUUAGAACAGACGUAAGGAGGAAUUUUUUUAGCCAGAGAGUAGUAAAUCCGUGGACUGCAGUGGAGGCCAAGUAUGUGCAUAUGUUUAAGGCAGAAGUUGAUCGUUUCCUGAUUGGUCAGGGCAUCAAAGGAUAUGGCAAGAAGGCAGGUAUAUGGGGUUGGGUAGGAUCUGGGAUCAGCCACGAUGGAAUGGCGGAGCAGACUCGAUGGGCUGAAUGGCCUAAUUCUGCUCGUCAUAUGGUCUUAAAAGGUUGCCAUUUUUGCCUAUAGGCCCUUUUCCACACUACAAACCUCGAUUCAGAAAUUGUCAUUUCUCUGCAUUCCUGCAGCUGAGAAUAGUCUAAUUAUUUGCUCAUAUUUUUUGAUCUUUUUCAGGCAUAAUUUGCAAAGUUGUAUAAUGUGCAUUACUAUUUUUGCCAAGCUCAUUCCUCUUGCCUUUGUCUACCUUGAUCAAAAACUAAAAGAAGACAGUUCACAAUUUGUUCAGCUUUAUGAAUGCCAUUCUGCCUAUUGAUCACGGAAUGCAUUUGGUGAACCUUGGACAACUUAGUACAAAUGAGAAACCCAACUGGACUGCCAUAGGAAUGUGGUGUGGGGAAACCAGUUAGGUACACAAAAGGUUUUACCAUUGUAGACACCCCAAAACUGUCCAAAUGCAAUCUUUUAUGAAUUGCAUCUUGAUUUAAAAUGUUCCGUAUGAAAUUUUUGAGAUGUCUGUUUGUAUUGGAUUUGGGAUUACUUGGACAGAAAUUGGAUAACAAUCACCCUGUUAUUCUGGAUUAAAUGUCUAUUAGAGUUAUAGGUCAAUGGUCAUUUAAUAGUGCUUUGACGAGUCAUGAAUUCCAGAAGUUAAUUAAUAUUGUGACCUGAGCAGCAACCAACUAUCAGUGAAACGGUGUGAUCUAAUAAAGUAAGUUUCUUGCCAAUGGGAGGCGCUGCUUUUCUUGUGUUAUGUGAAUAAUAUUUCUGGAAACAAAUGUUUUUUUUCCCCAGUUACACAGAUCUUUUGCAUUGAUUUUAUUUCUUGGUUUCUGACUAAAUCAUUAAUUAGAAAGUGGGUGAUAAUGUGGCAGAUUUUAAAGAAUAUCAAACCAAUUCACUAAGACUCACAGGUGAUCUGAAGGAUUAUUUUUCUCGAAAAAAUGACAGGAUUUAUGAAAUACAUAGGCUUUUAGAACAAUUUAAACUGAAUUCAUAUUUUGAACCAUUUUUCACAUUUUUAGGCGAUACAAUGGGUUGAAAGGAAGGUAAGAGUUUGU